AUGCUCGACAGCAAACCGACCGCGAGUGGACCGUCGGACAAGAACACGCUCAAAACUGGACUUGAACCCAGUUGCCGACUGGCUGGAGAGCAACAGGAUGGCGCUGACGGUCGGUCCACUUGCGGCUCUGCUCAGGAGGCAUUUGUAUCGACAAUUGGCUAUUCAAAUUGGAUGCACCGUCGUGUAAAUGAUGCGCUCUAA